AUGACCUUACUCGUCAAUAGUGCCAAUCGCCAAGUAGCAGGUUUUGCUGUUUCCACCAUAGGAUGGAUCCUCUUCACCACUUCCAUGGGCCUUGCGGAGUGGCGAUUGUGGUACAUGGAUGACCCCUCGCUCUUCCCCAAAGGCGUUGCCAGUGUGGGAAUAUGGAGAACCUGCGUUUAUCACCAUCACCGCGAUUCCAACCAAAGCCACGGACAUACCAAAUUCUGUCACCGACACACCUACAAUGAUACCUUCCUCCCUCUCAGUAUCCGUAUAUCUCAACACCUCCUGCUGGCUGCCAACCUUCUAGGGCUUCUGGGGAAGGCCUUUAUCGUCCUUGCACUUAGAAAUGUGUACAUGGGCAUUGUGGGGACCAAUACCCUCUUCAACCCAUUUGUGGCUUCUGGAGUCCUGUACAUAACUGCCAGUGCCUGUGUCUUAACCACUGCGUUCUGGAAUUACUACUCCAUUGUGAAUGUACAAGGCAUUGCCUUCCCGUCGUCUUUCCAUCUGCCCUUCAAGCCGGAUACUCAGGAAGCUGGGAGUGCCAUUCUAGUGGCAGCUCUGUCUGCCCUCCUCAUGUUGUUGAGUGGCUUGGUUUUCUGCUUUUAUAAGUUUCCCCCUGGACAGAAAUAUGUAUCCCGAGGUUUCAGGAACACAGAUGUUCUGGAAACAUCGGUGUAG